AUGGAAUCGGAGAAGCCUACAGUUUUCAGUGCCUUUACAAGACCUUCAUGGGCAAUUUUUCUCCUUCUUUUCACCGUUUUAGCGAUUCUCGCUCACCAAAUCUCUUCCAAUUCCUAUCUCUGGAUCCCUACCACCACCACGACCCGUGAACACGACGACCCGGUUACAUGCUCCGGGUUUUUCAACCGAGACCCGUCACCGAACCGGAUCGUCAUGUCGAUAACGGAUUACGGCGGAGUCGGCGACGGAAAAACGUCGAACACGGCGGCUUUCCGCCGCGCCGUACAACACAUACGAGGCUUUUCCGCCGUGGGUGGGGCCCAGUUGAAUGUACCAAAGGGCACGUGGCUCACCGGAAGCUUCAACCUCACCAGCAAUCUCACGCUCUUCCUCGAACACGGUGCUGUGAUUUUGGGAUCCAAGGACAUAGACGAAUGGCCGAUAAUAGAGCCACUGCCUUCUUAUGGAAGAGGGAGAGAGAGACCUGGUGGUAGACACAUUAGCCUCAUUCAUGGAGACAAUCUCACUAAUGUUGUCAUUACAGGAGAAAAUGGGACAAUUGAUGGACAGGGGAAAAUGUGGUGGGAAUUAUGGUGGAACAGAACAUUGGUGCAUACGAGAGGCCAUCUUAUUGAAAUCAAGAACUCUCAUAAUAUACUCAUCUCUAACCUCACUUUGCUCAAUUCUCCUUUCUGGACAAUCCAUCCUGUUUACUGCAGCAAUGUUGUUAUUAGAAAUAUGACCAUCCUUGCUCCGAUGAAUGCCCCUAACACCGAUGGUAUAGAUCCAGACUCUAGCACCAAUGUCUGCAUUGAGGACUGCUAUAUUGAAAGCGGCGAUGACCUUGUAGCUGUGAAGAGUGGGUGGGACCAGUACGGUAUGGCCAUGGCACAUCCAAGUUCAAACAUCAUAAUCAGACGGAUCUCUGGUACUACGCGCACUUGUUCUGGAGUUGGAAUAGGCAGUGAGAUGUCUGGUGGGAUUUUCAACAUAACCAUUGAAGACAUUCACGUUUGGGAUUCCGCGGCUGGACUUCGCAUAAAAUCCGAUAAAGGGAGAGGCGGGUACAUUUCGAAUAUCACCAUUAAUAAUGUGUUGUUAGAGAAAGUGAAAGUUCCUAUUAGAUUCAGCAGAGGGUCAAACGAUCACCCGGACGACAAAUGGGAUCCGAAAGCUAUUCCGAGAGUAAAAGGUAUCUAUAUUAGCAACGUUGUGAGUCUGAACUCGAGAAAGGCCCCAAUGUUGCUUGGCGUUGAAGGCGCAUCGUUUCAAGACAUAUGUUUGAGGAAUGUUACGCUUCUCGGGUUACCGGAAACUGAGAAAUGGAAAUGCAAGGAUGUAUCUGGUUACGCGAUCGACGUUUUUCCUCUGUCUUGUCCACAAUUGUUACAGAAGAAAGAUUCUAUAUCGCAGUGUCCAUAG